AUGGAUCCUAAUAACAAUGAUCCUAAACCGAUGGACGGUCCCGAGCACUCGAACCCCUGGGCCCCGCCGGUACCACCUACUGAUGAUGAUGAUGAUCAUGCCUUAUGGAGUAUGCUUGAUUCUUGGGUGAAUGACCCCGUACCGUUACAAGAUAUGCCGUUUGUUCAAAGUAAUGAUCAUCACCAAAAUGUUGGAUUCGACGGCGGUGAUGAAGGGAGGGAUGUGAGUGUCCAAGGAAUGCAACAAGGGGUUGGGACAGAGGAUAUGACCCCUCAAGAUCAACAACAACUACAACAACAAGAUCAAUUGCCAUUGCAAGUAGUGUGGCCUAACCAUGAUCCUUGUGCUUCUUGUCAAGUGCUUAGAGAAAUUACUUUUACAAAUGAUUUUGUGUUACAAGGCACUCAUACUACCAAGCUUGUCAUCCAUGGGAAUGUGGGUUUUAUAUAUCAUGCACUUUACUACUCCAAUUACGGGUUACCACCUUCUGAUGAUCACAUUGGAAAUCAUCAAUUUAUCGAUUUUAGCAUGCGUUCCUUCGAGGAGACCAGAGAGUAUCUAAAAGGCUAUAUAGCUCAUCAGAGACAAAAUGGAUACAUAUUGUUGCGAGAACCUAUUUCAUCAUUUUAUGAAGCCUUAAGCGUCGGCUUUGAUUGGCUAAAUUUUGAAGGUAAACAGAGAGAACGAUUGAAGAAUAUGACACUUGAAGAUUUUGCCAAAUACUUUGAUAGGACUAUAAAUGAUGCAAGUGUGGAAUUACACUUAUGUGCCACUGUUAUUAAAAAGAAACUUCGUUCUUUCGAGAUUGAUCGAUGGCCUUAUAGAAAGGUGAAAAGCUUGCAAGGAAAGCUAACCAAUUUAAUAGAAAGAACAGGGGGCGAAUACAAUAGAUUAAUUAAAAUGGAGCCUGAACGAGUUGAGACUGAGAUUCAAAAGCUUCAGCAACGAAUAUCUGAUAUUCUUAGUGGGAGAUUGAAGCCUUAG